AUGCAUCUCCCCGCUCUCUGCUGCGGGGCCUCGCUGCUGCUGCUCGUCCUGCCGUGGGCCGGAUCGCAGCCGGCCGGUGGCGACCACGGCGCGGAGCUGCGGGCCCUGCAGGACCUCCUGGAGGCGCUGGGGCAGCUCCGGGAGGAGGAAGGGGAAUCGGGCCCGGAGGACGAGUCGGCGACCGGGGCUGAGGACGGCGGCUCCGAGUGGGAGCUCUCGGGGCCGGAGGGCGGCCCGCCGGGGACCCCGCUGCCGGCAGAGGGGUGGCAGAGCCAGUGGAGGAAUCUCCUCUCCUCCUACAGACGGAGGCACUUCUCCGGCUGCUUCGGGACGAGGAUGGAGAGGAUCGGCGCGCAGACGGGGCUGGGAUGCAACCACUACAAAGCCCGUUUCUGGAGGAGAGGGAGAAGCUGA